UGAAUAGUAAUUUGGUAUAAAAGAAUACAGUAAAAUAAAAUAAUACAAUUUAGAAAAAAAUUACAAUUUAUAUAUAUAAUUUGCCAGUAAUUAAGUAUGAUUAAAGCAUAACCAACACCGACCAGGGUAUGGGGAGGGCUUGUUACCCUUCCUCAUGUACAAAACCGACCAGGGUAUGGAGGCUUCCCACCCUACCUCAUGUACAAAACAAAGCACUUCAAGCUAAACUUCUAUAUUGUAUGCUUAUACAUAUUCAUUAAUAUUUCCCAUAAGUUUCCUCCUAUUUCAAAUUUUUCUGACUUUACGUCAUUUUUCUUCAUGGCGCAUGCCUCACUUGUUGUUAGGGGGUCUUCAGUCUUCUUUUGGUGGUCUUUCGGUGAAGGCUUCUCCUCUUCCUCAUUGUCCUUUGGAUAACCUUACAGGUUUGCAUGUGUGUACUAAGCAUUGUGUUAUGUAAGUCUACUAAUUAGUCUUAUAUUUACUGAUCUUUAGGCCCAAUGCCUAAAGUCGUUCUAAUUUUGUCCAUCUCAAAGUUGUUUUUGUCCUGGGACAUCACUAUCUUCCAAACUACAUCCUGUACCUCAACUUUAACAUGUAACAUCUGUAAAGGGGUGCAUCUGCCUUGUAACACUGAUUCUUUUGAUUGCUUCUAAUAAUGACUUCAAAAACAGUUACAAUUUAGUUAGCACAAAUCAAUUCCAUUUAUUACAAUCUCAUUCAACCCCCUUGCCAGGGCAGGGUCACCUAGAGCAGAUCACACAGGAACAUGACCAGGUAGAUUUUGAAUAUUUCCGGAGAGGGAAACCCCACAACGUGCCUGUUCCAGUGUUCUGCCACCUCCAGUAUAAAAAGGUUUUUCCUCACAUUGAGGUGGAACUUCUGUGUUUGGCACUGCUCCUCAUCCUGUCACUGGGUACCACUGAAAAGAGUUUUGCACCAACUUCUUCACACCCAGCUCUAGAUAUUUAUAUGAAUUGAUGAGAUUCCCUCUCAACCUGCUGUGUGGAAUGGGAGUUUGAUGUAUGGUUUUCUGGUGUGUUUCAUUGGUUAGGUUUUCAUUAGAGAAACACAGUUCUGGGCAGUCAAAACCACAUGUAACCACCAAAGGGAGUCUAGAGGGGUGUGCUGACUGUCCACACUUCCUAUGAUGAACCUACCAGAGAGAACUGAACAGUGAUGGGGGGUUUUUUUGGUUGUUUUGCUUUGUUUGUUUGUUUUGUUGUUGGGUUUUUUUGUGGUUGUAGUUUGAGAGGUGGCAGACAGUAAGAGUUGAGAUGGUAGGGCCUACUUUACAAAAAGAGAGGUGGCAAAAUGGCUCAGCCUGUUAGGGACCUGCUGCUCACAGAAUGAGAAGGGACUAAUUUUACCUGCCACAGAAAAUUCUUGCAAAGUGUUUGAGGACUUGUAGUAGCUUUAGAUUAGGUUUUGGGGUUUUUUUAGAAGUUUUCAUGAUAGAACAUACUAGUUGUGAAAGGAUUGUAGAAUUACUAGUUUUUGUGCAUCACAGGUGAAAAUUUCUGUGCAAAGACACUACUACAAGAUGAAAUUCUUUCCAUUUGCAGUGAUGAGAACACUCCUGAAGAGGUUAGGGAGGAAGAAAAAAACAUCCCUUUAUGCCAGAGGAAGAGAGGGCUGUGUUUCAGUUUGCAUGACAACUAAGAUACUUGAUUCAUAAUUUAAAAUUAUUCUGUUCAGUAUUACCUUCUGAUCUGUUAUGAUUGUAGAGAAAACUUUUCAAAAGAGUCUUAAUAUGACAUGAUGCAUGACUGGCUUUGAAAGGCCUCAUCUAGGCAGUCAUGCUUGUUUAACUGAAGUCAUGAUGCUAAAUUAAUGUAAUUUUUGAUAUUGGCACUUAUCAGAUUUGCUUGCACUUACAAAUUGCAGAUGUAAUUGAUAUGAUCUGUUUUAAAUAGAUAUAAAUGGGUCUCCAUAAUGUUGUGGUGGUUUAAAUUCAUGCCACUUCUUUCAUAUAGCUUAGUCUUUUGACAGGCAGCCCUGUUGACAAUGCUGAGCUGCAUAGGACUUGCUUGAGGAAACUCAUCAGGAAAAUGAAACUGGCAAGACUGGUCCAUUUGGUAACAAAAUACUGAAAAUGGAAUUAACUGAAGAGAGUGACAUGGAUGACCAAAGGUGUGGAGAACUUCUAUGCAAGAACCUACCAAGCAUUCCGGGUCCUUUUAAGCUGGAAAACAUGACUGCAAGGGACCCAAUAUAGUUCUAUAUCCUCUGCAUGCUAUUUCUAGCUUUAAACAAAGAACAACCGUACACUGUCAAUAGAAAGUUAGGGCUAUCAAAUGAAAGCAGCAGCAGACCAGCUCAGAACAAACAGGAGUUUCUUCCAGUAACCUGCUGUGAAACUUCUUGCAAAGGAUAUUGUAACCAUUAAAAGUAUACUUGCAGCUCAGGCAACAACUGAAAAAAAACAAAUCAGAUAAGCAGAAAAGUGCUUAAAUUAAAGGCAGUGCAUGGGCAGCAAAAUGUCAGGUGUGUUUCUAGAAAGCAUUGUUACAUGUGUUGCUGCUUCUGACAGGGCAAUGGCUGAGCAGUGUGUAUAGAAGAGCAUAAAGAAUAGGGAAAAGACCGACACAGUUUAUACUUCGUAAAGCUAUUCUUGAAGCAGUUUUCGAAAAUCUGGCUCACAUGUUCUGUGGUCACAUCUAUAUGUGGGCCUGCAAAGCCACUGGUCUGGACUGAGGCAGGAUGCGCUGACUAGUGAAAUGGUCCCUGCAACGCUGAAGGAGGAGGUGUAGGUAGGAUUCAGCCUUUCCUCCUUUAGCAAUACGCAGGGUUGUUCUUUAGGAGCCAUCUUAGACUUUGCUGGUGGAUCAUUUUCUGCUGUGAAUAACUUGUCUCGUAAAUAUUUCCAAGCAUGAUGUGGGCGGAAUGUCUGUGAAAUAAUUUUCCAGUGUGCAAAAUGAUUCCAUGGAGAAAACAGAAGUGUGUCCAUGAACAGCAAGUCAGCACUUGAAUUUAAACAAAAUUUGUCUCUGCUUGACUGAUUUUAACAAUCCAGACAAAUUUGUGGAUGCAGGAGCCAUUAAUUCUUCUCUGAAAGAAUGGCUCAAAAGUGCUGGCAGGUGACAAGGCACGUAAAGACUGCUCAGGGGAGGGUUUUCUGCUUUGCCCCCACCUCUUCAGUUGGCUUUGAUCUGUUUUAUGAGGGUCAGAAGAUGAAAACCUCAUUACCUAAUGCUGUUGGAUGUCAGCGUAUGUGUGAUAUGGCUCUUUGCCAGUAUCUUAAUUAGGGAAUUCAUAAAAGCAGAGGGUGGAUGCCGGUUCUUGAAAAGCACUUUUAGCGUUUCUGCGGAAAAGAAAGCUUUCAUUAAUUCACUACAAAAUGUAUUAAAUGGGAUCCAGCUCAAUUCUAUAAGCAAAGCUGUUUCUUUUUCACUUUUCUGUUAGCCUUUAUGUGAGCCAUUUCAGCUCCCUGCCCAAGAUGGUCCCAACAAAUGGAAUUUGUAAUAAGCAUGUAAGUCAGUUUGAAUUGAAAUCCAUUCCACGUCUCUCUGGUUUAAAAGGGUGUCCAGAUCAUGAGCAAGUCUUGCCAGAAUUCAGCAAAAAUAGCUGAAUGCCUUGUCAUACCUGUGGAGCAAAGGAAGCAUGUGGUCUUACAUCCCUGUAUGCAUCCAAAGCUACUGGGACAACUUUCUGGAGUGUCUUCUGAGGAGCUUCAGAAGGGCAGCUGUGUGUGCCCAGAUCUGCAGCCUGGAUGUGAAGCACGUUUCACUCCCCCUUUUUAACUGGAACUACUUAAAGAUGUUGCUGAUGCCCUUCAAGGAAAGGAGAGCUAAAAGGAGGAAUGGUUCAUCUAUGCAACUUAGGAGGUACUGUGCUGAGAUUUCCACUGAAGAGAUAAGGCAGUGUGAAGUUCAAGGGUGGUUCAGCAAAGCAGGCUUGGCUCUUUGUUUUCCUGUGGGCUUCCAGCGUGCCCAGAUUGAUGGAUUGGAGGAAAAGCUGGCACGCUGCAGACAGAGCAUGGAAGAGGCGGAUCUUAAACUGCGCAGGGAGAAGCUCAGCCCCGAAGGAAGAAAGUCACUGGAGAGAGAGCGAAACUUACUAAUGACCAAAGCUGACGACUAUGAGAAAGAACUGAGUGUGCUUCAUAAGAAAAAUCGCAAGAAUGCUGCCCUUGCUGUGGCCAUGGCAUUGCUGAUUGCUCUUAUUUACGCCUGCUGGACGAUGUGAUUGCACUCAAGAAUUCCCCCUGCUGAACAAAUGACUCCUGCAAGGAGCUCUUCCUCCUCUCAGCAUUGUGCCUCCCCCAAGGGUGAAGAUCAGCAUUUCAAAUUACUGUUCUUGUUUAUUGUCUCCAAGCCUUGUUGUAGGGAAGAUUUUUCUCUGCAAAUUGAGGAGGACAGGAAACAAACCAGAAAUCACAGCACACAUGCUCUUGGAAAUCAGGUCAAGCAGAUCUCAAGGUGGUGCCAUCUUAGCCAAAACACAGUCAGGACCAUCCAGCCCGAUCCAGGAAGGCAAUACAUUUUCCCUUUUGAAAAGAACCUUUGUGAUUGCAGACAGGUGCUUUCUGCCCAGCCCAGGUGGAAUAUAUACCUUGGCUCCUGUGACACAGUCAUAAACUGAGGGGACCAAGCUCUUUAUUCAAAGGGUAAUCUGUAGGUACCGCAAUUUUAUAUGUUCCCAGAGCUGAGCUAAAGAUGCUUCGUCCUCCACCCUGACUUCCAGGACCAAAGGAAGCCUACCUCCACAAAAACAGAUGGGAUGUCGGUAUCUCUGCAAGUGGGUAGUCCACACUGAGAUCGGGGUGCUUGGGCUGUGAAAUGAUCUGCCUACCUCUCCAGUGCAUCAGAGCUUAAUAGCCAUUUUGUGCCUCUGAGAAUCAGCAUUUGCAGAAGACAGUGUACUAUCAAUCCCCAGAGAUGGAAGUGCUUCUGUAGAGCUUUAAAUAAAAUAAUUUGACCUUUUAA